AAGCAAAUUAAGACAAAAUGUAUACCAAUGUCUUUAAGAAGUUAAAUAAGAAAUAGCGAAUAUAACGAUGGAAACAGUCUCGUCAUAAACACACAUUUGUAAAGAAAGUUUUUAUGGAGCUGAAGAGCUUGUUUAUUUGGUGUUUUGGUCUGGAAAAGUUGUUGAUAUGGGUUGUUUUGUUGCUCUUGACAUCAGCAGUUCCCACUUAUCAAAUAAGAACGCGUAACAAGGGUUUGAGAGAUGUCAAAAGUCUUAAUAUUCUCCAACAAAGACUUCGAGAUGAAAUUGCMCGGCAUCGUAAAUCAUCGGUCCCAGUUCUCUCCGAUUCCUACUUGGAACGGCUAAAAGAUUUACACAGGGAGUUCGCACUUAAAAGCGAAGCUCUAAGUAAGAUCCCAGAACGCCAGCGUGGGUCUGCAUGGCACAAAACUAGAUCUCGUUUAGCACAAAACCUGAGGAGUCUUAUACUUAUGUUGGAAUCAAAUAAAUUUGACGAGGAACUGAUUCCAGAACCUAUAGUUGCAGAGACUGGAAGUCGACGACAGGACACGGCGGAKUCAAAUUUGGCAUUCGACAUUGGAUUCGUAGUAGAUGGAUCAGAUAUUGUAGACGAUCAAGGCUCGGGAAACUUCCGAAAAAUGCUCGAGUUUGUCAAAAAGGUUCAAAAAGCCUUCCCAACAUCCGUCAACGGAAUACACAUCGGUGUAGUCACCUUUGGAAGCGAAGCAGAAGUCAAUAUKGACUUCAAUGUUCAUUUUAACCAAGAAAGUUUCGAAUCAGCGAUUGAUGGGAUAAACUACCCAGGAGGCACUACGAGCACAGGCAAUGCAGCGAGUGUUGUAAUGAAAAAACUWCUUCCACAGAGUAAAAGAAGAGCAUUGAAGCAUGUCUUGGUUUUUAUGCUCGCUGGGAAGGCUGAAGAUGAUCCAGUUUCRCUUGCAGAGGAAAUUAAAGCAAGUGGUGCAAGGAUCUUUUGUGUUGGAGUAGGAGUCAUGUUUGACAGUGCGCAGCUGGAUGCGAUAGCCAGUUCUCCUUCYUCAACACAUGUMAUAACUGCUAAGUUUAAUGAACUUGGUUCUCAAGUUGAUGCAUUAGUGGGCGAAAUACUCAAAGAUGUACAGCAYCCUCCAGGUCAAGAAAUGCAACCAGAAAAGCCAAAGACUGUGCAAGAAGAGGGGGGCCUUGUAGAGGCGCAAAUCGAUCUGGGAUUCUUAAUUGAUGGRUCKUCCACAGUUGGCGAAGAAAACUUUCGUUACGCUUUAYYCUUUACAAAACGCAUCUUCGAAAGAUUCUGGAAUCCUUUUGGAAGRGUUAAGAUAGGAGUUGUGGCGUUUGGAAAGGAAGCUAAAAUGGRAUUUGGUUUUGAUAAUAGCUACAAGGAUAAGUCUUCAGUGGAUGAUGCUAUUSAAAGCAUUAGCUAUCCAUCAGGGGAAAGUGCGCUMGGAGGUGCAAUUCAAUCUACUAAAGCAUACCUAUUUGGAAGUAAGCAAUCAGAUGGAAGACGUCGAGUACUUGUGAUAAUAUCUGGCAGCAUGUCAGACGACGAUGUCUUUCUAGGUGCAUCAGAYUUGAGGUCUGAAUCUGUAACAGUGUUCUGCGUCGGUGCCGGACCUUUUUAUGAAAUGGACCAACUUAAAGGAAUUGCCACAAAGCCUUCAGAGAGACAUAUCGUUACUGCGAAAACAUUUAAAGGUCUAGGAGAUGUAGAAGAAGAACUAGUAAACAAAAUCGAAGAAGCUCGAACAGCAUUCCUAUCACCAAAGCCUACCUCCUCACUGCAAACUCCAAGGACGACCAAAUCACCUUUUGCAGUUUCGGCAAGUGCGCCAGGCAAACAACCAGAAGGAAAUGCCCCAGGCAAUCAACUAGGAAAUAAUGCACCAGGCAAUCAACCAGGCAGCAAUGCCCCAGGCAAUCAACCAGGAAGUAAUGCACCAGGCAAUCAACCAGGAGGUAAUGCACCAGGCAAUCAACCAGGCAGCAAUGCCCCAGGCAAUCAACCAGGAAGUAAUGCACCAGGCAAUCAACCAGGAGGUAAUGCACCAGGCAAUCAACCAGGCAGCAAUGCCCCAGGCAAUCAACCAGGGAACAUCAGCAAUCAAGAUCAUGUUCUCGAUCUUGUAUUCCUCAUCGAAGGCUCGAAUGCAAUGGAUAAGCAAACUUUUACUACAACAAAAACAUUUAUAAAAAAUGUAUACAGCAACUUUCCAGUUGCACGCGAUGCAACUCACGUAGGACUGGCACUGUUUGGUUGUGCAUCUCAAGUUGUGUUUGAUCUAAUGAAGUACACGAAGAAAGCAAGAAUGAACGACGCUGUCGACGGUGUUCAGUACCCUGACUGCGACAAAUCACUUCUUGGAGCUGGUCUAUCAUUGGUGACAAGUGCUAUUUUUGARGCYAGUGCACGACCUGGUGCACAAAAGGUUCUGGUGAUUGUGAUUGCAGGGACACCUACAGAUGACAUAAAAGCACCAUCGCGGUACCUACGCGACCAUGGGGUUAUCAUAUUUCUUGUUGCUGUUGGUAGUAAAGCUGACAGAACUAAACUCAGCUCUAUUGUUAGUGCACCAACUGAAGAUAGGUUUUUAAUGGCUGAUCCSUCGAAUAUUAAGGAACAGCUUGCUCCACUUGUGCUGAAUAUUAGACAAGCUGUGAGCAGUGGGGCACCAGAGAGUCCACUUGAAGUUCAAAUGGAGCUUGGUUUUCUUUUGGACAUCAGUAGUAGCAGCUUCACGUCGCUAUUUUUCCCAAAAGUACUUCAGAUUAUCAAAGUGAUCUACAGCUCUUUUGUCGUGAAUCAGCAGAAGACAAGAGUUGGUAUUGUGGUAUUUAAUGGUGGMCCCUCAACAGCAAUUUCAUUAGARCAAUAUCAUACUAUAGAACAGAUAGAUACCGCUCUUGAAACCAUCUCGCAAAGUCCGUCAAAGGASKCAAGUAGCCUUGGUCAGGCUAUUUCCUAUACAUAUAUGAAUCUCUUCAAAUCAAACACACGCUUACAAACUCCUGCCAUACUUGUUUUAAUAACCGGUUCUAAAUCACGUGACUCAGUCACCCAGGCUGCACAGCAAGCAAAGCAAGGGAAUGUUACCAUAUUUGCUAUUGGAGCUGGUUCGAGCGUUGACGGAGCUGAACUAACGGAAAUAGUAUCAUCAUAUCCUGAGAAUCAUUUGAUUCUGGCUUCGUAUUCUCCAAGGGGUUCUUCAGGAGAAAACCUAGUGUCAAGAAUCAAGAGAGCUGUACAAGUCGAUCUUGUUUUCCUAAUUGAUGGAUCCAGUAAUGUCCCAAAGGCAAACUUUCUCUAUCUGCUGGAUGCAGUAAAAUACAUCUGUAGUGCUUUCCCUCUCUCUAAAGACGACGUUCAUGUUGGUUUUGGCGUAAUCUCAACUACUGUUCAAAUAGUCUUCGAUCUGGACAAAUAUUUUACCAAACCAGCGUUAAACUCUGCUAUUGAUAGCACCACGUAUCCCGGAGGAAAAGGACUGCUUAACGUUGGCCAGGCAUUUUCAUCUAUCAAGACAAACAUUUUUGAUAAAAGUAGCCGAAAAGCUUCGAGAAAGGUUCUUGUUGUCAUUAUGGCUGGAAAUCCUCAAGACCAGUAUUCAGAUGAAGUCAAAGUAUUAAGGGACAGUAAAGUCGAGAUAUUCGUACUUGGUAUUGGCACAAGUGUUCAAAGUAAAGUUUAUGAAGAUACCGCCAGCGUUCCAUUAAAUAAACACAUUGUUAAGGAUAUCAACAUAGAUGAUCUUAACCCAGGGGCUCUUGAUAUAAUAGACAAACUGCAAAUUGCCAAAGUAAAAAAUGAUAUUCCACCUCCAAAAACAAUACCUCCAUCUCCAAARAUCGUAAAUGGGAAAAUUGAUCUAGUCAUUCUCGUUGAUGGUGGCGAUAACACCAAGCCACAAGACUUCGAACAGAUCAAAGAAAUUGUGAAGGCAAUCUACCGUUUCUUUAUCAUUGCCAGGGAUGAAACCCAUGUGUCCUUUGUAAUCCUGUCAUCCAAAACKAAAAWRGUCUUCAAUCUCUUUACUUUCUUCACCGUGGAAGAAAUGGACAACACAGUUGAUAGUGCUCCUUACCCGGGUGGGGAUAGUUUUAUAGGUAAUGCUUUAAAUAAGAUGAAGACAUUAAUUUUCGAUCCUUAUGGCCGCCCAAACAURCCACACGUGGUAGUGACYAUUGUUACAGGACCCUCCAAAGAUCCAGUGGAUGMCCCUGCKCAGCAGCUAAAAGAAUCGUGCGUACUGAUGUUCACUAUGGGUCUUGGAACCUCCUUUGAUUCCAAUGAGAUUAGUAAAGUGGCCAGUUCCCCUCGAUCAGAGUAUGUUAUGAUAAGUGAAACAUACCCUGGAGAAGUUCCUCUUGGUGAAAUGAUGGCCUCAAAAAUAUACAAAGUACUUUCUGUUGUCAAAGCCUGGAGUACUCAAUGUGUCCAAAGAGGAGAGACCAAGGUUGACAUAGUUUUUCUCCUGGAUGCUUGUCGGAAUGUGCCAUCUCCUUCCUUCCCCAAGGUGGCAGAAAUUGUUAAAUCAAUUUUAAACUCGCUGGCUAUUGGUGAAACGAAUGUAGGAGUUCUGACGUUUUCCAACGACGUUAAGGUAUUGAAAGAUCUACGCAGUAAGAAAGAUAUUUCCGUUGCACUUGCCGAAGGAAGGUCAACAGACGAAAGCUGUGAUAUGGGUGCAGGUCUGAACCAAACGAAACAGGUCUUUCAAAGCCAAGGUCGCAGGGGKGUGCCUCAAAUCUUAGUGGCUAUAAGUGGCGGAAAAUGGGAUGGUGAUGUGACCACUUCUGUCAAUUAUCUGCGAAGGARUGGUGUUAUGGUGUUUGCUGUUGGACUGGGCCGAGCCUCUGAUUGGUCAUUUCUUGGAGCUGUUUCUAGUGCUCCUCCUAGUGAUUUUGUUAUUGAGGAGCCAGAUUUCCCAUUCAGUUCUAACGUACAAAAUAUUUUGGCGAAGCAGUUAGAAGGCAUCUUCGUCAUUGGAAACGGUCUGCUCUGUAAUGUUUGCACCAUAGCAACACCAUUACCACUUCCUCACCCUACCCUACCCCUGAAAGUCGACUGUGGAUUACAUGCAGAUAAGAGACUCCCAUUGGACAUUGGUUUUCUAAUAGACGCGAGUGAUGCCAUCAAUGAUCAAGAUUUCCAAAGCCUUAUCGAAAUAACGAAAACGGUGUAUAAUCAAUUUUCCAUCUCGCCUGAAGAGACUCACAUCGCUGUAGCAAUUUACGGUGCUGACACCAAAAUUGUUUUCAAUCUUGAUCAACUUUUUGAUGUUGGAAGUAUGGACAAUGCGUUGAGUCAUUUGACUCGAGUUGGUGGAGUGCCUAAAGUAGGAACGGCGCUGAAAACAGUUAAAGAGUCUGUAUUUCAAGCCAAAUCUCGCCGUGGUUUUCAAAAACGACUGAUUCACAUGAUGUGUGGGAAAACAGUCGAUGAUGUUGUUUUACCGGCGAAAGAACUCCACGAGCAUGGCGUUAUGGUGAUAUCCGCUGGCACAUGUACAGCUGUCAGCAAACCUGAACUGUGCAUCAUUGGAAGCCCUCCGACCUGUGAAAAUGCUGUUAUCAUGAAGACAAAAAAUCCAGUCAGUGAUCCCGCCUGUGAGUUUGUUGAAAAAAUUCUCAAAGGUGUUCCACCUAAGGUUUCGACCCCUCUUUUAACUCCAACAGGGCUUCCACCGAGUACGGCUACAUCAAGCCCAAAAGCUCCAAGCCCAAGUGUUUUUGGUAUUCGCGUACCAGUUCCAGUCCCAAUACCAAUACCAGUUGAUCCUUACACCCACCAACCUCUUCCUGGCCACAUUAAUCAUGGUAUCUACUCUCCUCACGUAAAUCCGUUCAUCUUCCAUAAAGCGCAUUAUCAUCCUGGACCGUACAAUACUCUGGGCAAGUACACUCCUUCAGGACCAUAUGUAGCUCAUCCUCAUCCAAUCAUUGGCAUCCCAGCUGGGAACUAUAGGCCAUAUAUGAAUGGCCCCAAUGCAUUUAGGCCUCAAACUUCAUUUGGAUUUGGAGAACAUCCUUGGAAUGGACAUUCUCCAAAGGAGGAUGGGUAUAGCCCCCCAAUGCCUUAUGGUAACUCCUUUAAUGGAUACAGGCCAAAAGGAGAUGUUAACGAUCCUUUUGAGUCUUACCAACAUCCAUUAAAUGAUGUUCUUCCAAAAGAAACGGACAAAACACCUGUGAUCCAUGAAAGUAUCAAAGAUCUUUAUAAUGAGCCUCCGCCAGACUUUGAUCCGCUGCAUCCUGAUCCAGAUUAUUUGCAUCCAGCGUCUCAUCAUGUGGUCCAUAAUGGAAGAGUAGUCAGUACUCACCAGGAUCAUAAAGUGACCAGACCUGCUAUUAAUCCUAUGCAUAUCGCUACAGCAGUAUCUACACACAACAGGGUGUAAUGAUAUGGACCCUGAGUGCUCUACSUACAUCCAAGGUGGAUUUUGUGAUGAUGGAGUAAUUGGUUUUAGCCGUGAUUAUCUAACUCAAAACUGUAAAAGRACUUGUGGAUAUUGCAACGAUGAAAUCCUUGAUGACAAYCCCAGCAAAGACGUCUGGCUCAAAAGGUUCAACAUUCCAACCAAACAAAAGCACUUGACAAAUAAGGCGAAGCCCACAAAGACUACUUAUUCGCAUGCACAUAUAUAGAAAAAAAACUUAUGGAUAGAUUGAUUUUAUAAAACUGAUUAGAAAAACUCUGAAAAAUCUCAAUGACGUCUUUUAUAUAAAAAAAUUAAA